AUGUCGACAUUUGCGCGCAGAAGAAUAGUACAAGACAUCUCGCGUAUAACGCGUGAUCCCCCACAUGGCGUAAAAGCGUCACCGUUUUCAGACAACAUGAUGUAUUGUCAUGCAAUCAUAAACGGACCAGAAGACACAAUGUGGGAGAGUGGCACGUUUCACCUGCUUAUUAAGUUCACGGAAGACUAUCCGACGUCGCCUCCUCAUGUUAGAUUCCUUACACGCAUGUACCAUCCAAACAUAUAUUCUGAUGGGAAAAUAUGCUUGGACAUCCUUCAAAACCAGUGGAGCGCGAUGUAUGAUAUUUCAGCAGUCUUGACAUCAAUUCAGAGCCUUCUGAAUGACCCCAACCCGGACUCUCCCGCCAAUCCCCAGGCGGCUAAAACGCUCGUCAACAACAAGGUUGAGUACGACCGACUUGUACUGGAAUGCGUUGAGGACAGCUGGUUCAUUCCAUCCCUGCCUGAGGGGACGUUUGACGAGGAUUAA